CGGCUUUGGCAGCUCGAUCCUGCACCACGGCUCUGCGUGGGAUCCCAGCCUGCCUCCCCGUGCCUGCUCCCCUGCCCCCCGGACGCAUCCUGCUGGGGCUCCCCUGCCCCCUUCUCCCUGGCACUGCAGUGGGAAGCGGGGAGCUCGUCCCUGGAAGGCCAGCGCCGUGUCUGAGGUGGGCAAGGGUGUGCCGCUGGUGCUCAGCGCCUCUCCGAAUGCCCUGCGUCCAGGAUUUCAGAUCCAACGCCCCCCGGCAGCGUGUCCCCUCCAGGGCUCUGGUGCAGCCUCGGGACAUCGGUGCCGCCAGGACGGAGCUGGUGGUCACGAAGGGGCCAGGUGCUGGCCCAGUGCGAGCUGUGCGGCCGCGGAGCUGGAAAACUCACCAGAAACGACCUCGGCGCUGCCUUCUGGGGAGCGAAGAGGGCAGCGACGGGCAGGACUUGAUGGCCCCCUCGGGUUGGCAACCACAGCCCCCCCGGGGGGACUCGAAAGCGGCUUUUCCCACCCGCUGCCGGCGGGGGCUGUUCGCUCGGGGGGAAACCAGAUACCCUGCACCGCGGCUGGGGGAGCUGAGCGGAGACGCUGGCCCCACGCUGUGCGGGCAGGGGUGGAGGUGGAGACCCCCUCUGGCACGCUGCCGGGGAGCCGGGCAGCUCCGUCCUGCCGCGGGGGGCUGUCCCACCGUCACCUCCGCAUCCCCCACCCUCCCCCUCGGGGCUGCGGCACACACACCCCCCCCCCGAGCGAGUGCCGGGGAGCCUUCUUGUUUCCGUGGCACGCUACCGGUCCUCAGGGCUCACCGCGUCGCCUUCCCUUCAGCGAGUGAGCGGUGGCAUUGCCCGGGCUGGAGCAAUGUGCCGAAAAUCCCCCAUCUUAACUGGGGGGGAUCCAGAGCCGCCCCCCCACCCCAGAGCGCAUCCCUUGGGUGCUUCCUCCCCAAUUCAACGCCGGAUCUCUGGCUCCCAACUAAUAAAUCGCCGCGGCAGCACCGCAGCAUGUGUCAGUGCGUGGUUUAUCUGUACGGGGGGUCCCUAAACCCGGGGCCAGUGUGUUCGGCACCGAGGAUCCCUGUGGAUUUGGGGGGGAAAAGGCCGGUUUCGGCGUGCGCCGAGCGGGCGCCCUGCUGUUCCGUGCCCUGGAAAAAACGGGGAAGAGGCGAUUGCUGCCAGCGAAGGAGCCGGGAGGGCUCAGACCUGGCCGGGGCCGGGAACCGAAACGAAUCGGCCUGUUACCUCCUGGCGCUCCCGAGCAGCGCCGGCCGGCCAGCGCCUUUGUUUUAA